AUGGCUUCUCCCCGAAAGCUUUCGACCCCUCAGGACUAUGCGGAUCUUCUGUCCCGGUAUGAUACUUGGCUCUUCGACUGCGAUGGUGUGAUAUGGUCCGGCGACGAAGUUAUCGACGGAGCUAGCAAGGCAGUCGACUUUCUAAGGGGCCAUGGGAAAAGAGUCAUCUUUGUCACGAACAAUGCGGCCAGAAGCCGGCCGAUGCUUAAAAAAAAGUUUGACAGGCUAGGGAUUGCAGCCACGGAGGAUGAAAUUUUGUCUAGUGCCUAUGCGGCAGCUGUCUAUCUCAAGAACGUGCUCAAGUUCCCCGCUGACCGCAAGGUGUUUGUCAUGGGAAUGGAAGGCAUCGAAGCAGAGCUCGACACGGUUGGUAUCCAACGAUGUGGAGGAACCCACCCCGAGGACAACAAGUUCCUCCCUGCCAACGACUAUUCUUCGCUUGUCGAGGAGGAUGCAAUUGAUCCUGCGGUUGGUGCCGUCCUUUGUGGGUUCGACAUGCACCUCAAUUACGCCAAGCUCUGCAAGGCAUACAGAUACUUGACGCGCGAAGGCGCACAAGGGCCUGUCCUCGCUGGGAAGACGGGAGGUGGCUGCCACUUUAUCCUGACGAACGAUGACAAGGUGGUUCCCGCUAUGGGACAAUUAUGGCCCGGUUCUGGCUCUCUUGCCACGCCAUUGAUCGAUUCGACAAAGCGUGAGCCAAUUGUGGUCGGCAAACCUCAUGCGCCCAUGCUGGAAACUGUUAAAUCACUUUACAACAUCGACGAGAGUCGGUCCAUAUUUGUUGGAGACAAUCUUCACACGGAUAUCCUGUUUGCCCAAGAUGGGAAAAUGGACUCCCUUCUGGUUCUGACAGGGGUGACCAAAGAGGAGGAUUGUGAGACUGAAGCGAUCUGGCCAUCCUUUAUCAUGGAUAAUAUUAGCAAUAUCGUGGCAGCGGAAACGGGACCGUCGAGGAUCGGCGCCGUAGGUGUUGAUGGAACGAUUGGGAUUCAUGCAUCUCUGUAG